AUGAGGGACAUUGAGGACAGGCAUUUCUACAAGCCCAUGCUGAGGAGGGGGGUCAGCAAGAGGACGGCGCAGACGGCCGUGUUCCUCGCCUCCGCCUUCUUCCACGAGUACCUGGUGAGCGUCCCCCUGCGCAUGUUCCGGCUCUGGGCCUUCAUGGGCAUGGCGGCACAGAUCCCGCUGGCGUGGCUGGUGUCGCGCUUCCUGCGCGGUCACUACGGCAACGCGGCCGUGUGGAUGUCGCUGAUCCUGGGCCAGCCCAUCGCCGUGCUCAUGUACGUGCACGACUACUACGUGCUCAACUGCGAGCCCUGACACACCCGGGACGGACCGGGACAGAACCGGGACACACCCGGGACAGCCCCGAACCACCCCAAAUCCCCCCGGGACAGAACCGGGACACACCCGGGACAGCCCCGAACCACCCCCAGGGGUCCCAGCAUCCCCAAACCCCCCCAAAUCCCCCCGGGACAGAACCGGGACACACCCGGGACAGCCCCGAACCACCCCAAAUCCCCCCGGGACGGACCGGGACAGAACCGGGACAGAACCGAGACAGAACCGAACCACCCCCAGGGGUCCCAGCAUCCCCAAAUCCCCCCGGGACAGAACCGGGACACACCCGGGACAGAACCGGGACGGAACCGGGACACACCCGGGACAGCCCCAGGGGUCCCGGGAUCCCCAAACCCCCCCAAAUCCCCCCGGGACAGAACCGGGACACACCCGGGAUGGACCGGGACAGAACCAAACCACCCCCCCCAGGGGUCCCAGCAUCCCCCAAAUCCCCCCGGGACA